CCGAUUUAGUGAUUUAUUGUCCCGAUUCAGUAUUUGAACAAACCUUGAUUGCUUUUGUGAGUCAGACUGCACAAAGCUAACGUCAUCUGUCUCUCUUUCCGGGGAGACACCCGGAGACUCGGAAUCUUUCUUUGCUACUCCCAUUUAGGCAUUUACCAACAAUUCACCAAAUUCAUUUCCUUAAAAGCAUAUAUAAAUACAAAUCUCUCUUGUUUCUUUAUUUCCUCGAGUCUUUUGAGAGCAGGGAGAAUAGAACAACCUUCCUGGCAUCAUCCUCUGUAUCAGUAUAACGAUCUGGUAAUCUGGAUUUCUGGAGCGACCCAGAAAUUUGGGAGUUGCAAUUCGGAGACUUUCUUCAAUAAAGUCAUAUAGAUUUGUGGGGCGUUGAUUGACUAAGGAAGAACUUCGUUCAUUUAGUACUUUGCACUGGUAAAAUUCUUUGCACUGGUAAAAUUGUUGCAAUCUUUAUUGGGUUUGGAAGAUGAGAAGAGUUUUAGGAUCUGUUCCCUAUAUUCGACUGGCUUUGCGGAAUCAAAAACAUAAUUACACAAGUAGUUCUGCGAAAUUGCAAGAACAUUUGAGAAGUGCCAAUUCUGCUUAUAGGCUCACCAACAAUGCUGAAAUCCAUAGAUCAGUAGGGGUACAACCCUCAUGUAUUACCUCUAGGUCUCUGUCAACUGAUAAUGCUCCAGUUACUGAUGGAGAUUUGAAUAGGGGAGGGCCUCUUGUGGAAUAUGAACGGAGAAUUUCCGUAGGUGAGUUGGUCGAUGGUGAUGACUUUCAGGUAGGAACACUAAGAGAACUUCAGAGACUUUAUGAUGAACUUGUUGAGUCUGCUGAUAGUUGCCAGUUAGAUCGCUACACAGCUUCCAAGAAAGCUGCAAGGAGCAGAUGGUUAUGGUCUCGUUUCUUGCCCCAGUCCUCAUACUCACCUGUCAAAGGGCUGUAUCUUUAUGGCGGAGUUGGAACAGGAAAAACUAUGUUGAUGGACUUAUUCUAUGAUCAAUUGCCCUGUAAUUGGAGGAGAAGGCGGAUCCAUUUUCAUGACUUCAUGUUGAAUGUCCAUAGCUGUUUGCGAAAGCACAAGGGUGUGGAAGAUCCACUUGAAGUUGUUGCAGGGGAGAUAUACGAUGAAUCCGUUUUAUUAUGUCUAGAUGAAUUUAUGGUGACUGAUGUUGCUGAUGCAUUGAUACUAAACCGUCUUUUUAAACAUUUAUUCAGCAAUGGUGUUAUUCUUGUGGUCACUUCAAAUCGUGCUCCAGAUAAUCUCUAUGAAGGUGGAUUGCAGAGGGAUCUUUUUUUACCCUUCAUUGCCACUUUGAAGGAAAGAUGUAUAUCGCAUGAAAUUGGUUCAUCGGUAGACUAUCGGAAAAUGACUUCGGCUGAGGAAGGUUUUUAUUUUUUUGGAAAAGAUAAGUCAAGCCUCCUUAAGCAGAAGUUUCAACUCCUGAUUGAGGCAGAAACAGCUAGCCCGCAAGAAGUGGAAGUAGUGAUGGGAAGGACAUUGCAGGUUCCUUUGGGUGCUAAUGGAUGUGCAUAUUUUCCUUUUGAGGAGCUUUGUGACAGACCUCUUGGAGCUGCUGACUACUUUGGAUUAUUCAAGAAGUUUCAUACUCUAGCAUUGGAAGGUGUCCCCAUUUUUGGACUGCACAACAGGACAUCAGCAUAUAGGUUUGUCACAUUGGUUGAUGUGAUGUAUGAGAACAAAGCCAGACUACUGUGCACAGCUGAAGGGAGUCCUCAAGAACUUUUCAGACAGGUGGUAACAAUAUCUGAUGCCCAGCACAUCGCACCCAGAACCUCUUCCAGAUCAAGGAAAAGUGAUGAUUCCGACCUUUGUGUGGACAACGAACUGGGAUUUGCGAAAGACCGGACCAUUAGCAGGUUAACAGAGAUGAACAGCAAAGAGUACUUAGAGCAGCACGAUUCCAUUGUAGCAGAGAAGAAACUUUCGCAGGAUGGCAUCAAUGCGGAUGUCCUUGAAGCCUGAUAUACAAGGAUCUAACAGCUUCUACAGCAAGUAUAUUGGUGCCAGAUCUUUUUGAUAGUUGAAUAAAAUGUAGCUUGUCAUCUGCUUAAAACAGGUCAUUGUAACAUAUAUACCUUAUCCCAUAAACUCUAAGUUGUAUUUUUGUAUAAAUAAUCCCAUCGGAUGUGCAACAGGGCUAGAAUAUACAGUCAUUAUGAAUUGAUAUAUCUUCUAUCGAUCGCUACAA